GUUCCUUCUCUCUGUCUGGUUAACAGAGCAACCUGAGAUCCAAUCACGUUCAUUCAUUUCAUUCUUUUGCACCGUUCGCAACACGAAGAAAGAACGAACACUAUGUCUGCGACGAUGGUGGCGCAUUCGAGUUCUUGGGCCAGAGCGCUCGUCGCGAUCUCGCCCUACACCUUCUCCGCCAUCGGCAUCGCCGUCGCAAUCGGCGUCUCCGUCCUCGGCGCCGCCUGGGGGAUUUACAUCACCGGUAGUAGCUUGAUCGGCGCUGCAAUUAAGGCUCCUCGAAUCACUUCCAAAAAUCUCAUUAGUGUAAUCUUCUGUGAAGCUGUUGCUAUAUAUGGUGUUAUUGUGGCUAUUAUUCUUCAAACAAAAUUAGAAAGUGUUCCUACAGCAAGUAUCUAUGCACCAGAGUCUCUGAGGGCUGGAUAUGCAAUCUUUGCUUCAGGACUAAUAGUGGGCUUCGCAAAUCUUGUUUGUGGGUUGUGUGUAGGAAUAAUUGGAAGCAGCUGUGCAUUGUCUGAUGCCCAGAACUCUUCCCUCUUUGUGAAAAUUCUUGUGAUUGAGAUCUUUGGUAGCGCACUUGGGCUAUUUGGAGUUAUUGUUGGAAUUAUUAUGUCAGCUCAAGCAACAUGGCCAUCAAAAGUUUAGUUUCCCUUGUAUCAGAAUGUGGUGUGGGAAUGCAAUUAUGGUAGAGCGCCAUGUAUCUUGUGUACUGCCAGGGAUUAAAAUUUUCUGUUUCCUGUUGGUAGAAAUGUAAAAUCCAGCGUAAUAGCUUGCCUCCAUUACUACUUUAGGCUGUAUUAUUUACCAAUGAGUUGUUAGAAGGUCUUGUGUAUCAUCAGAUAUAUCGCUCUGUUGGUUGAAUUUCAAUAUUUUUGGACGACUAAAUCUUUCAUUAAUUAAUAAGAAAAGUGAAUUUAUUUGGGCUUGUGAAUAAAGUCAACAAGCAGUUUUGUGGAA